UCGGACUGUCUCAGUAAAGGUCUACACUUACGUCCGAUGGCCAUGAACGCAGCGUUAACCUAGUUUUUACUGCGUCUAGCAAAUAUUUGUGCAAAAAUGAAUUGUGCGUGCUACACUCGCGAAGAGCACACGCGGAUGCGGUUCCGUUGAACAUACGGCAAAUGUCUUCGACCGAAGGGGCACCAUACAGAUUGCAACGGGCUGUAAUGCGGGGACAGCAGAAGACAUCUGUGAGUGAACAGUGCUUCUUGGGUCCUCGUCCGGACCCUUUCCACACCAUCUGGGUGAACGUCUGCGUGUGAGACACGACACGUGGCUGCACUUCACGACGUGGCCCUCUUCCCACCGGCAGGCAAAAGACUACAACUCCCAUCUCUUGGCCACCCCUCCUCCCACCUGUGCCCUCAAGUCAAUGCUACAUCAUUUAUAUCAUGGGAUGCAUCAAGUCAAGGUACAGCGAUGCAGUCCAGAGCUCCAGCUCUGUGGAGAAGGUGGACGGCAAGCCGGGGAGAGAGCGAGGCGAGAAGGCGGUUCUGGUCUACGCCGAGACGGGCUCGGUGGAAGUCUCCUCGCGGGUCAGCCCCGUGCUGCUGGACUACGCCCAGCGGCUGUCAGAAGAAAUCGUGGCUCGGGCCGUGCAGCAGUGGGUGGAGGUGGACAGUCGCUACAGUGACAUCCCCUACAUUGAGUGCGAUGUGCCGUAAAGUCCCGGCACGGGGGCGGAUCGGCCGCCUUGGGCCCCUUCCAUGCAUGGCUUUCCCAGCCUCAAGGAGAGACACUAGGCCUGCUGGAUGGGGGCUGCUGGAGGUGUAAACAUAGCGCAACAUGUGACUGCAGGAAAAAAUGUGGUUUGGACACCUUUUUGUAAACAAGUACUUCAUACAUCUGUCUGUGCAAAUUGCACUGUGGAGAUAGACUGGCUUGGUCAGCUUUCAGUAAAGCAGAAAAUGAACUGAAUCAGUAUGUGACCAAAAAAAAAAGAAAAAAAAAAAGGAAAACAAACAAAACAAAUUGAGAUCAAAGCACCAGUAUGCCUCUGUGCGUCCUCCCUUUUGUUUUCAGUAUGACGUCAUAUCCAGAGGAAACGUCCAGAGGCCAAAAUUUGACUGCUCUCAUGGACACUAGACGCAGGCCUUAUUUAGGCUCUUUGAUCAGAGUAGACAUGUGCGCACACACACAUAUGCAUACGCACGCACGCAAGCUUGCACACACGCGCAUUGCAGCGGUGUUAGGGAGCAUUAGCACUGGAGCUGUGGGUUUGUAGUAAUUGAGCAAGGAGGUUUGCUAACGAUGCUGCUGUAAUCACAUGACAUCACAUUUCCAAGCAUGAGCUUUGUUCCACAGGCACCACAUGAGUGCUGGGAUUUGGAAUCAAAUCCCUGACUAAAGUCCCUUAAGAAAGGACUACACUGCCACUCGUGUGCAGAGGAACUCCAGAGUCAGAAAAGCCAUUAGAUACAGAAUCCGCCCUGCGCCACUAUGAGGUAAUAAUCUCAUAAAACAGUAUUGAAUCAGCAGCUUAAGUCAACCUCCUGAUUUGGUGUUUUGCAGUGAGCCUUGAGCUGAGCUUUUCAUCAGUGGGGGAACCUCUUCUGCUGCAGUUCCAAUAUGCAAGUCUCAGAGGCCAUUAACAUGUUAACAGGAACUUAUGCCACCUUACAAUGGUACUUGCUGCAUAGACUGCCAGGUAUAUAGACUGCCAGGUAUAUACCAGGAGACUAGCUGAAAUGCCUAGAAACGGGACCAUAAGAAGCCAGUGCCCUUAACGAAUGGUAAUACAAGCACAGGUGUCUUUCUAGUGUUUGUUUUUUAGAUGACACUUGCAGGUAUCUUUAUAGACUUUCCAAUAAAUAAAGAAACAUACCACAGUGAUGUAAAGUUACCAAUAUCCCUUUAAAGUCAAAUGAUGUCUACUUGAACCACAAGUGUUUUAAAUCAAUGAUGGUUUGGGCUUUGCGCUGGAUUUUCUGUAGAAUCAACUGUAUAUUUAAAUAUUUAUGCAGGGUCACAUCUACUUAUUGUAAUAAUAACAAAGUUAGCCUGUUUGCGACUGCAGUAAUAAUGUUAAAAUGCCAGUUCGAAGCCUUUGAACACAAGACCAGACUGACUGCAUUCAUUCCACAUGUCAAGGACGCUCCCAGUCAAAGCGGUGCUUAGCAGCACAGAGGCUAGCUGAGCAGCAGGGCUCCAACUCCAAGCAGCGGAGUCACACGGGUUCACCCAGAGCCCCCUUAAUCCGCAAAGCUUUUCUCUUCCUGUGCAGCACUUUCACUCCAUCAGCAGCUGCAACAUUAACCUCUACUAACGCGGAGGAAAGAACGGUUAUCAGACUGGUUCAGUUAUGGGAGUUUGCCGCUGUGGAAGGACUGUUUUGUUGCGAUGCAGGUCAUGCUGGUUAGUUCCUAUGCUUUUCAUACACAUUAACAGAUAUGCUGGUAGAGGACUGCACGCGCAUAUCAUUGCCCAAUUCUACUGGCAUCUGCGCUCUGCAGGGAACUCUGCGUAUCGGUGCCGUCCCAGUGCCCUGACGGACUGGGACCCAUCGCAGUGCUGAGGCGAGUACGUGUGUUAGAAGCCAAACUGUCUGCUUCUGUCAGGAAGAUGUUACUGCAGUUUACACUACCAAAUACAGCGUUGGAACUACAGAUAGCGGAGGCUCCGCCCUGUAAAGAACGCAAAAAGAAAAACAACAAUGUGAUGCUAAUAAAUGAAACCCAUGCCUUCUGCAAGACUGUCUUGGUUUCAUCACUUGUUUUGUUGAUUCCUGCCAACAGACCUAAGGUGAUUCAGCUGUGCUAUAAACAGCAGCAGCAACCACAAAACCCCACCUAAACCUGACCAUUUUACAGGGCCAGGAAGGAAGGGAGGGAGACUCUUCUAGAACUUAAGAGAAACAGGCAGUUAAAAAUUCCAGGCACGGACCUGAUAUAGUAUGCUGGUGGUUGUUUGGUCCCACCCUGGGUUUCUUGCAUUAGCUGGAGAGCAGGCCACUGUCAUUUGAUUAACAACUCAUUUGGCAGAAGUCUAACUGACUGUAGAUCAAUUCAUUAGUACGUUUUCUGGAGGCAAAAAAAUUACAAAACAAGCUGGAAAAGGUGUAUUACAUGUGUAAUAUGUGUAAUGUGUGAUAUCACAUGAAAUGCCUAAAAUCUUCCAUUAAAACUAAAAACCCAUUUAUCUAAACAAAACCAAAUCAUUAAAACAUUAACCAUUUGUAUUUAUUUAGGGAACGGGUGACAAUUAUGACAAAGCAUUUUUUGAGUGUUGUCAUCAUACCUGGCAGUUUGUUAAUAAGGUAUACAUAAUGCAGGAGGCUUCUCAAUAAUAUUCUAAUAAUAGUAAUAAAUUAAGUUUUUAUAGUGCCUUUCACAAACCCAAGGACGCUUUACAUUUAGGAGGAAAAAAACGUGGAAGAACAACAAGCACUAAAGGGACCGUGGCAGGGGUCCAGCAUUUGGGACCAGCCGCACUGACAGCUCUGCCUCCCACAGCCGUGAGUCGAGUUUGUGGGACAGCUAAUCAAGCUGGGGGUCUGAGGAUUCAGCAUCAUGAUGAGAUGCUGAGAUGCUUAUAUACCACUGUGGAAAUAAACAUUAAGCAUAACAGCAGGUUGGGGUUCAUUUGUUUUGACGAAUAUGAAACUGCUAAGUGGUGUUGUUUUGUUUUUGUGCCAGAAAUAAAAAUGACUUGGUUGGUGGAGAAUGGCCAUGAUUCACAAUGCUUAAUUACCAACCUCUGCCUGGCUACGAGACCGUAGUACAAAAUGAACACAAAGCUUUUGUUUUCCCGCUAUGAGGAGCAUCUCAGCCCGCCCAGUCUGUAUGAACUAUCCAGAAGAGAGAGGAAAAGGGCAGUGCUGAAUUGCCACAGCACUCUACAGAAAUCAGCACUGUCUGAUUCUUUCAAUGGAAUCAGCAAGGCUGUCCAGAGUCUCAGAGGAGAGCUUGGGUUACUCCACUUGUGUGCCUAAUGUUUAUUGCUUAUAUCAGCUUCUUCUAUUCUGCAAAGGGGAAAAAAAAAAUUUCUUCAAUUUCUUGAUGUUACAGAGGAUCUUGGGGGCUCUCUUUAAAUCUC